AAGAAGGCAUGGAAGAUUCUUGAGACAACUCACGAAGGGGAUGAGAGAGUUAAGAGAGCAAAAUAUCAAAUUCUCAUGACAAAAUUUGAAAAUCUCUGAAUGGAAGAUAAGAAAAGCAUUACUGAAUUUCAUGGCAGAGUGAGAGACUUGGCAAAUGAAGCAGAACGACUUGGAAGACCUUUUGAGGAAGAUAAUCUCGUUCUAAAGGUACUGGGUGCUCUACCAGAGAACUACUCAGUUGAUGCCAAGGCCAUACGUCAAGCACAUGAUCUGAAAAGGAUGACGCUGGAUCAACUGAUGGGAAAUCUUGAAACCAUCGAGCUGGCCAUGUCAGAGGAACAAAAGAAGAAGAAGUUUGAGAAACAAACAUCAUUUCAGGUGGGUGAUCUAGACCUAGAAGACGAUGCCAUAUCAGAUGAUGAUUUUCAAGAACAGCUCUCUCUUGUCACCAAGCAGUUUACAAAAAGAGAUUGCAAAGCUGCCAUGGUGAGGAGCAAGAUUGCUAUACAACAGAAGUUCAAUCGCCCAAGUGUCUCAAAGUAUCAGCCCUCUUGGUUCAAAAAAUACUGCCAAACACGCAAGAAGCUUCAAGAAAUAAGGAAGGAGAAGGAAACAAUGGAGAAUCAAGGGUCUUCAACAAAUGUCACACACAUGCAGCAGCAAGAAGAAGAUGCAGCACACUUCUCCGCCACAGAUCUACCACAGGUGCUCUACAUUGAAUACCACAAACCAAAGGAGGAAACGAAGACCAUUGAAGUUCCAAAAUCCAAGCGGAAAUUGAAGCUGGAGGUUGAUUCAAGUCCAGAAGAACCACCUCAAAAGAAGCAACCACCAUCCUCCUCACCCAUGGGCUCUACGGCGAAGGUCACUCCAGUGGAAAAAUCAGGAAAGUCCCCUCAUUCUCGCUUUGUCUCCUCAAAAGCUAAAUCUUUUUUCAGUAAUGUGAACAAGAAAUGCAUUAUUGUUCAAAGAAGAAUCGAUGUGGAAGACUUUAAGCUUAAGACCAACCUGAUUCCUCUUCUUGAAAAAUCCAAGCUGUUAAAAUCUGUCACUCUUCAAGCCUCAUUUGUGAAAUCUGUUAUUUGUGAGUUUUACUGCAAUCUGUCUAAAUCUUGUGCUGAUCCUACUGACCCCAUGAUCCAUAAAGUGUUUUUGCAUGGAAAAACCUACAAACUCUCCCCUGCUGUUAUCAACAAUUUGCUAGAUCUCACUCCCUGCAAAAAGGAUACCCAAAUCUCAGAAAAGACCAUGUGGCUAGACCUCACAAAUGGUCAAAGAGCCUCUCAGUCUAGCAAGGCAAAAAUUUCCUCUUCAAUACUCAAAAGUUCAUAUGCUGUCUUACUGAGAGUUGCAGCUCUUCACUGGCUUCCGACCACACACACCAAUACUGUUUCCAAGAUUAUGGCCAGACUUCUCUACAAGAUUAAGCACAACAUCUCUUUUGACCUAGGACAUCUAAUCUUUGAUCAGAUAAUGCUCUUUGCAGCCGAGAAGUACAAGAUCAACUCCAUUGGUCUUCCUUAUCCAACACUCCUCUACAGUCUGCUGCCACCACUUCAAGUGGACAGCAGGCACAUGGAGGGAAAACAUCACAAUGACAUGGAGGUUGAUGGUCCAACAACUGCAAAAGACAGAAAGGCACCCUCCCUGGUGAGAUUCUUGGAGCAGAAACUGAUGCAGGUCAAAGAGGAGUUAGCCAAGACCUCACAGCUGAAAGAGAAACUAGAGGUUGAAAAAGGUCACUUGGUGGUCUUGUUGCUCCAGGCUAGGGAGGCAACUCCAGAUGUGGAGCACACAGACACAGAGGAGGAGGCCACUGGAAGCAUGCAUUCUGAUGAAGAGGAGGAUCACUCUGAGGGGGAGAGUGAGGAAGGGGACACUACUUUAUAUGAUCUUGAACUCACAAAACUCUGUUUUUAUCAGCUUGUCUUUGUGUUGAGGUUGGUUUUACCUCUGGAUUAUCAGGACGUCCUGUCCGUCACUCAAACAGUCCAAGUGUAUCUGGGACUGGUGUUUACCAAACUGAAGAAGGACUCUGAGCUUCGCCGAUACCUAGUGUGCCACAAUCUCCCAAGGUACGUUGAUGGUACUGAUGCCGCACCCCCACCUACUAUUCUUGACGAAAAGGCAGCCACCGUCGGAGAUAAAGAACCAGUGAUGAAGUCCAAUCCGGCAUAUGAACAGUGGGUCAUCAUUGAUGCACAACUACGAGCCUCCCUCCUUGCUUUGAUUUCUCCAACCGUUCAGAACUAUGUUCAUAUGUGCACUACAGCCGCAGAAAUAUGGAAUCAUCUUCACCAAAGGAGAGUUCGUGCACUCAGCAUGGCCGUGGUCGUGGUCACUUUGGAGGCGGCAGGGGAUAGGCCCUCCCGUAGUGGCGGCCGGACUGGAGGAGGCCGGAGGCCUGGUGGUGCUGGCAGACGGUUGCAACAUUCUCAUCCAUAUUAUGGCUCUAACUCGAUCUCUACGGAUGGGGGACAGUCCUUACCGAUUUCUGGUGUUGGCUUAGGACAGGUGAUAUACGGAGGCCCAUGUGAGCACGGUCUAUACACCCUUCCAGUGAAGUCUCCUGGUUCAUCCAUCCCCGUAGCGUCUCUUGUGUUGGCCAAUGCUGUGCGUGUCACUUCUCAUCAAUGGCACUUUCAGCUUGGUCAUCCGUCGUCUCAAGUCACCAAGUUUUUAUUUUCCUAAUUAGGCGUUAAUUUUAAGUCAGAUAUGUUUCAAUGUGAGUCAUGUUCUAUGUCUAAGUCUCAUAAAUUAGCAUUUCCUUU